AUGCAGGCGAACAGAGGGAAUGCCGAGGCCCUGGGUCGAAAGGCCAAGCUUGCUCGCUCGUACCAGGAGCUUCUUGAUGAAUUCUCCAACAAAGAUCUCAGCUCCGUCGGCAACUACACGCUCGGUCGCCUCAUCGGAAAAGGUUCAUUUGGGAAAGUCUACCUAGCCACUCACAAGCUCACCAAUGGCUCCAAAGUCGUACUCAAGUCCGCGAACAAGGGCGAUUCGAACCUCGCCCGAGAGAUCCACCACCACCGGCAGUUCGUUCAUCCCCAUAUCGCCCGUUUGUACGAGGUCAUAGUCACGGAAAAUCUGGUGUGGCUGGUAUUGGAAUACUGCUCUGGUAACACCAUCCUUUGCCACCUUGGCAGCACGAACACGACUGACGUUCCGAUAGGUGAUGAGCUCUACAAUUACCUACUCGAACAUGGCCCCUUGCCCGUACACAAAGUACAAAAGAUUUUUGCGCAGCUCGUUGGCGCCGUCGCAUACGUACACCAGCAAUCUUGCGUUCACCGCGACUUGAAACUCGAAAAUAUUCUCUUCGAUAAGCACGAAAACGUUAAACUGGUGGACUUUGGCUUCACGAGGGAAUAUGAGGGCAAGUCCAAUUACUUGCAGACAUUUUGCGGCACCAUAUGCUACUCGGCGCCAGAGAUGCUCAAGGGCGAGAAAUAUGCCGGGGAAAAGGUCGACGUUUGGAGCCUGGGUGUCAUUCUCUACGCUCUGCUCUGCGGGGAGUUGCCAUUCGACGACGAUGAUGACAGCGUCACACGAACGAAGAUUCUCAGCGAAGAACCCAGAUUUCCCGAACAUCUGCCGCCUGCCGCCAUUCCCUUGCUCAAAUCGCUCCUCUCAAAGCGGCCUCUCCUUCGACCUUCGCUCCCCGACAUACUCACAAAUCCGUUUCUCGCCGAGCAUGCGCCGGCACAGCAGGCCAUCUUGAAAGUGCAAAGGCCCGCACCAUUCUCGACUCAUUUAGAAAAGGAGACUCUUCAGCGUAUGCGGAGCGCAGGCGUUGACAUCGACUCGGUCAUAGAAAGUGUUCUGGCCCAGCGAUGCGAUGCCUUGGCUGGCUGGUGGACCCUCCUCAUCGAAAAGGAGCAGCGCAAAGUUCGCAGGAGGGAGAGGAGACGUCGCGAACGAGAGGCUGAGAACAGGAGUCUGCGUCGUCUAUCUGCAGCGUCAAGCAGACUGGAGCGGAUAGCACCGGUGCUGCAGGAGGUCGACGAGGAUGGCGGACUGACAAAUCGUUUCAUCAGGCUCGAAGACGCGCCGGUAACCCCGAGGACAAGGGGCCGGUCCGAGAGGAGGAGCGCCCACUACUCGGAUUUCGGGGAUUUGCCAGGGCUUCCGGAACAUAGCAAGGAGAAUGGAAGCCCAAACACGGAGGAGCCACCGCCUCCCAUUGACAAGGACUCGAUCCGGUCUGCCAGUACGUCUAGAAACCGUCGUCCGGUUCCGCCUCCCAAGGAGGGCGUGAUCCGCAGCGCGAGAUCGCGGGGUUCGACCUUGCACCUAGUGACCACCUCGGAAGCUUUGGCGACUAACGGAACGCCAGAGCGACCCCCCGAACAGCAACAAAAAGUGCGGAAGAAGCCCUCCCAGGCUAUCAUUGCCCACUGGAAGAAUUGGACGCACUGGUUCCUCGAAAACACUCGUAGGGGGAGACAUGCCAAUAAGAGAGGCAGCCACUCGACACCCAACCUGGUCGAUAAAAACGGCAGUGUCGCCGGCAACAGUAGCAAGCACUCGAAAGACACUAGUCCUCGGCCGCAGACGAGCAAGUAUUCAACUACGGACGAGGCCGUGUCGCAAGUCAAGGCUGGCCUGCCUCGCGGAGUCAUGGCAAAUGGCCAUCUGAACAAGGCACUGCCAGGACAGAGAGGGUCUGGCGGGUUCAAUAGCCCGGUGACAGGAGCAGGUUCGACGCCGUCGCAUAUGCCUUCUCGGAUAACGACGUCGUAUAAACGGCAGUCCUUGUCGCCGUCUCCCAUGACCCCUCGAACAACCAUGAGGCGCUCCUCGGCAGGACUGAGGGGCCGGAAAUCCACUUCUUCGUCGGUCUCGUCUAUUCGUUCAAUGCCCCAUCACCAUCACUCCCACUCCAAGGCUUCGUCAACAAGCUCCAACGGCUCCGUGUCGACAUCAAUGUCCAAAAACACUCUGCAGCGCGGACAGUCACCUCACCAUUCUGUCAAGGUUCUUCCCGCCACCCCGACCACCACAGCGUUCCCAUCCAACAUCCGCCUUGUCCGGGGACCGGGGCCUCCGGCUCCUCUUGCCCUAUUCAACGAGGGCAUGCCCCCGCCACCGAUUUCGGGAAUGCAGGCUCCGGGCUCGCCGAAUUUUUUUUCGCAAGGAGGAGGGAUUCAGUUUGCGAAAAGGAAACGGAACAUCUUCAAGGGGCCGAUGCUGGCUUUCGGCGGUGGCGGGGGCGCCAGUGCAGGCGCAGGCGGAGGCAGCGCUACCCGAAGCACAGGGUCCAGCCACUCGCGGAGUGUAAGUGCUUCCGGCAUCGGGCGUCGGUCCGGCGAAGUGACGAUACAAGAAGAAGAGGAAGGUGAAGAGGCUGAAGAAGAGAUCGAGGAAGUCGAUGCCUUUAGUCCCGUUGUCGGAGGACCGGGUGAGCGCAUUGAAGAACAGAUCAUUGAAGAUGGCGAGACAGAGGCCGCGGGAGGUCAAGCCAAAGUAGACACGGAUGCUGUCCCGGUGACGCCAAAGACCAAGGUCCCGCCAGUUGAAGCAUGA